GAAAUGAACGCCCAGAAGUAAAUGUUCGCGUGGAGCCAUUCACGUGGCCGCUGGUGCCAUGCCAUUCCGCAGCCGGAGGCUAAGUUGCGUGCUGCUUUUGCUGGCCCUACGCUCCUGCUGGAUUGGAGGCCGCCUGGGCGGGCGAGCCCGGUGCCGGCUGGUCAGACAGGCGAUGUUGGGCGUCUUGGGAGCCGCCGGAGAAGAUCUACUCCAAUGCGAUCCGCUCCUUGCCCGGCAGCGCCACGGCCUAUCGGAAGGUCUUGCCUUUGGGCAAGGCGGUGAUGCGGCGGAAGGCGAAGCUUGUGAAGCCUGAACGGAUCUCCAAAGAGAAAUCCCAGAAUGUUGCCGAGGAGUUGGUCUCGGUGAUGCGAGGGCCCAAGUUGCCAGGCCGGGACUUCAAGGGCGGCUUCUUGACGGCGCCGCAUUUGGGGACACCCAGCCGGCUGGUCGUCUUCGAGGAUCCACCAGUGGCGGUGGAGAAGCUUUCGGAGGAGGAACGGGCCUUGCAAGGACGCGAACGCGCCUUCGGCUGCAAGGCGGUCUUCAACCCCCGCUGGCGGAGCGCCAGCAACGUGACCUCCGUCUUUUGGGAAAAGGAUCCCAGCAUUCCAGGCUACCGCGCGCUGGUGGAGCGGCCCAAUGCCGUUCGAGUGCAAGGCUACGACCCAAAGGGUCAGGCCGUGGACUAUGUGGCCAAAGGUUGGGAAGCGCGGCUGAUCCAGCAGGCCAAUGAUCUUUUGAAUGGCCUGACCUUUGUGGAUCGCUGCGAGAUGCGAUCCCUAUGCCACCUGGACGCACGCAACGAUCCUUUGCCGUCUGACUGCCCGGUGCUGGGCGCUUUCCUCUCCAGGCCUUCCAGGCCACCGUUGAGCGAGGAGGAUACGAAAGCAGCUGAAACCGGUGGCAGCAAGGGGAUGCUGGGAUUCCUGCCGAGCUUCGGUUCCCCCAGCGUGCUGCUCAUUGGGAGUUUGCUCCUGCGUCUACCAGCCCGGGAGGUCGAAGACUUCUCCGCCGGUGAGGUGCAGGAAGCAGCCAAAGAGCUUCGAGAUGCUCUGGCGAGUGGGGAGCAUCCCUUGGGCGUGGCUGCACCACAGUUCGGCAAAGGCAUUCGAAUGGUGGCCAUCGGUGAGACGGAGGACAACAUCGAGAAGCUCACCACCCGAGCGCAGAUCUCCGAGGAGCACCGGGUCUUCAAGCCCACGAUUCUCAUCAACCCGGUGGUGACUGCGAAACCAGGCACCUCCCAGGCCUUCUUUUUCGAGCGGUGUGCCAGUGUGCCGGGCUAUGAGGCGGUAGUGGGGCGGCCCCUGGAGGUCUCCGUGGAGGCGAUGAAUGAGGAGGGACGCCGCGUGAGCUUCAGCGCCAAGGGAUGGCAGGCUCGGCAGUUGCAGCACACGGUGGACAUUUUGGAAGGUGUCCUUUAUGUGGAUCGUAUGGAGACAAGAUCCUUCCGAAGAGAUACCGUGGAGGAGGAUUUGCCCGAAGGAGUGCCAUAUGGUGUGAAGUCCAAAGCCAAGGUCGCCGAUCGGACUCGUGUGGCGGCGGCUUCCGGAGGUCGCAAGCGGCGGUCCUAGGGACUUCGCUGAGGCGAGCCGGGAGGUGUUGUCGCAGGUGGUGCCCGAAUCCUUUUCGCUGCAAAAGAAGGGAGAUGCUGCUGCAGUCACCUGGUUUUCAGUGGAA